GAAUAAGGAAGGGCGUUUAGUUUCAUUUUCACGCAAAUCUGAAGACACAGACACAGUAAUAGACACCUACUGUAAUGAACAUUUGAAGGCCCAUGGCAUUCCAGAUCUCACUUCCAAUUCCAAUUCCAGUGGUUCCUAGAAAAACAGACCCUCUAAUAAAAUACAUCAUAGACAACAAGGCAGAGAGACUUCGCAAAUUAAUAAGAGGCAGAGAUAUUAAUGGACUGUACCCUUCUGAAGACUGGAAAGAUGAUGUUACUCCAUUAUCUGCAGCAGUUUUAUGCAGAAAUGAAGAAAUCUGCUCUUAUCUACUUGGAGAGUCAGCUGAUCCAAACAAACCCUCAACAAACAGACUAACACCUCUACAUUAUGCUGCUUUAACAACUGGAGUUCCACUGAGUAUUGUGAAAAGAUUACUUGCAGCAAAAGCUGAUCCAGAUGGAUUUCAGUUGUUCACUCCAUUACAAUGUGCUGUUGAUUGUGACCGUGAAGACAUUGUGAAAGCACUUAUAGAGGCUGGAGCUUCACCUGAAAGGAACUAUGGGGUGAAUCCAGAGCUUGAUAAAAAACUGGAGAGAAUGAUUUGUCGAUUGUCUUCACAGAGUCAAGUGUUUGAGAAAGUACAUCUGUUUUUCUCUCUUUCUUGUGCCGUUUGCUUGAAAAAGGAGAUAGAAGUUUUCAGAAUCUAUAAGGAAAAUUUAUUUCAAGAGCAUCCUUUCAUUCAUACAAUUUUGUUUGAGGUGUAUUUUUGUGUCAUUGGUCAAGGUGCGGAGCAGUAUCAUCAGAGCGCCAUCAAAUGGUUAAAAGACACAAAGAGUGCAGACAGAUACAUUGAGGGAGUCAUCAAACGCUUCCCAAGAAUCCAUCAGAAACACUGGCCGAUUGCACUGAACUGCUUAUAUGCUGCUUUGUGUGUCAGUGAAAGCAUUUCUCCUCCUGUAUUCAGUGAUCUUGUGCCAAUUCUAACAAAAAGUCUUCAGCACUCUGGAAAUGCACAAGGAGCAAUAAUCAAUCAGGUGAUUCUUACGAUACUCAAUGUCAUGAUGCAGAAGACGUCUGAGCAGAAACUGGGACUAAACAUUUCUGUCUAUGAGAAGUUAUACAAAAGUCUAUUGCCUCUCACACGUCCUGAUUAUUCAAGUCUAAUUAGAGUUUGGACCUAUGGACUGUUUGCCUAUAUAUAUGACAUUGCUCCUAAACUUGUAGAAUUGCCCUCUGUCCCAGAGAAGAUACUUAACACUGCAGAGAUAGAGAUGGAUGAAGUCAUGAAAAAGAAACUGCAAAAGUUGGAUGAAUCACUGAGACAUCCAGCAGGUUCGAGUGCAGUGGAGAGUUUAUGUGAGGAGACUGCAGCUCUAUCAACAAGCAGGAAGAAGAAGAAAAAGAAGAAAAAGAAGAAAAAAAUCCAGCAAGAGGUGGGAUCACAAGAAGGUGAAGGUAAAGAAGAACCAUUUCCAGACACUGUAGUGUCAUCCAUUGAGGAAUCAAAUUCCAGUGUGCAGCCGUUCACACAGCCUGAUGAGACAAGUAUCCCAAGAAGGUGGCAUCAAACAAGCCAUCGUUGGAGGUCCAAGCUUGAGAAGCUAGCUAACAUUGAUGCUAGCAAAACAUACAGACUGGGAAACCUUACUCUUAUUCUUGACCCUGAAUUUCUGAUCGCUAAGGGAAGUGAUGGAACUCAAGUUUUCCUUGGUUUGAGGGAUGACGGCACUGAGGUGGCUGUGAAACGAAUGAACAGGUUUAAUUACCAAGACCUCAGAAACGAGGAGGAAUUUCUACGACUCCCAGAACUUGAAAGUUCCUCCAUCGUGCGAUAUGUGGACUUUGCAGAGGAUGCACAUUUCGGAUAUCUUGUUCUUCAGCUUUGUGAGUACUCACUGGAGGAAUAUAUUCAAGAUCAUUUACCAGAUGACAGCGCUGAGAGAUCUUUGGUUCUGAAGAAGCUGGUGAAGGAAGUUCUCUACAGCUUACAGGUUUUACACGACAAGAAGACCAAAGUGCUCCAUCGAGACAUCAAACCCCAGAAUGUCCUGAUUGACAUAAAAGGACAAGCCAGAUUGGCUGAUUUUGGCAUAAGUCGCCGACUGAAACAGGGCGAAACCACUUUACGAACAAGCAUCGCUGGAACUAGAUGCUGGAAGGCAAAGGAAAACAUACAUGAGAAAUUCAACACUGGCUACAAGAGGAGCUCCGACAUUCAGGUUGCUGGGAUGUUAGUCUACUACAUUCUCUCUGGAGGACACCAUCCAUUUGGUGAAGAUGUGGAUUGUGAGUACAACAUUUCACGAGGAAGAUACUCACUGGAGCAUCUGGAUGAUGACGUAGCGAAGGAUCUCGUCGAGUGGAUGAUCAACGAAAAUCCAAAUGAGAGACCAACUGUGGAGCAAACCCUCGCACACCCCUUCUUCUGGACUGAUGAUAGGAGAGUGCAGUAUCUGAAGAUAUUAGGAAACGAGAAAGAGGCUGAAAACUGCCGUAACGCAGACGAGGAGCUCCUUAAUGCCAUUGUAAAAUACAGCGAGGGGAAGAGCUUUUCUGAAUGGAAGACUAAAUUGCCUUCUGAGCUUGUGCAGAAACUGGAUGGUAAGAAGAAAGCCUAUCCUGAGAACACACUGGGCCUGCUGCGAUUUAUACGCAACCUGCACGAGCAUUAUAAAGCUGAUGCUGUGACAAUCAACCUGAUGGCUUUAUUUCCUGAUCUCUUUGGGAGUGUGUAUAUUUUUGCCAAAGAGAGAGGAUGGCACUCCAGGGAAAGUGUUCAUAUGGACAUCAAGUCAGCGUCAUGAGCGUUAAGAUCUGACAUAACAUUUUGCAGUCAUUGCAACACAGUGACUGAGCAUAAAUACUGAACAUUUACACAGUACAGCUUUUAAACAGUUUUUG